AUGAGUUCGCCGCAAGUUCCCAUCACGAAGAAAGCUUGCGAUGGCUGCAAGAUUCGCAAGAUCCGAUGCGGCGGCGGACAUCCCUGUAGGCCGUGUAUGAACGCGCGCCUCCAGUGCACUUAUAUUCGAGUUCACCAAGCACGCGGCCCACAGAAGCUGCGCGCGACGACAAGGUACCUCAUCGAGCAGGACCAGCGAAACAAUGUUGCCAACGAUCACCAGUCGGGCACCGCCGUGGCAGGUCCGGAAAGGCUACCGACGAAUGUCAUCGCCUCUUUACUGUAUAUCUACCACGUACGCAUGUACCCGGUCUGGCCGGUCGUUCACGUCGACAAUUUGAUCGCGGACCUACAGCGAGAUUCGGAAGGGACGGACUAUGAAACACGAGCCCUUGCGACCGCUGUGGCAGCAGCCACGAUGGCGCAGUUGAGAUUAGGAAAGAACUGCGUCUCCGACCGAUCGAUCACAGCAGAUGUCUUUGCGUCUGAAUGCCUGCAAGCUCGCCAAUCUCCACAAUAUCGCUCAAUAGUGAACCUGAACACUGUCCGCACAGCUUUCUUCCUCCACGUAUAUUACGAAAACCAGCAGCCUGGAGGAAGCGAGUCGACACUUUACCUUCGAGAAGCGAUUUCGCUCGCCCAGAUGAUGUUCCUGCAUCGAGAGGCUUCAUAUGCAGGACUAGAUCAUGAGGAAGCGCAAAUUCGCCGUCGGGUCUUGUGGCUGCUUUUCGUCACGGAACGAGGCGUGUGUAUUCUGCAUAAGCUCCCCGUCGUCCUCAGAACAGACACUGCAAUGCCCGACGUUGACGCGCAUGACGAGCCCCAGGUUCUGCCCGCCUUCCUAAAGUUGCUCGCCUUGUUCCGCCUGUUCGAAGAAUCGAAGAUGUUCGACAUUAUCGAGGAUUCGCACCUUGGAUACAACCAAGCCGUUCGUUCGGCACGAGUGACUGAACCAUCGGCGUAUGAUAUACUGCAGGACAGAUUCCGUGAUGGAGCUAGCGGCUUAGAUCAAAUAUGCGACGUGCAGAGGGCGGACCUAUGUGUGACACGACACUGGAUGCGCAUGCUGACAUGGAAAGCGCUGUGCGGGCAAAGGAUACAAGGGUCUCCAUCGUCUCAAUUGUCGAUCUCACCCACGUUUCCGUUGCUAGUCGCCCGGGACCUGGUGGACGCAAUAAGCAGGCUACCUCGAACAGCACUUCAGGCUCAUGGGUUCGGCAUGCAACUGAAACUGCACGAAAUUGCCAACUCUUUAGCGGAUGCGAUCACCAGCAUAUCAAUGUUGCCUGAGGCACCUAUGUGGGAUCAGGACAUCCGUCCAAGCAGUGUCCUCGCCCGCCUACACUCGAUCUUGACUGCCUUCAAAGACGGUGGAAAUAACGCGUUGGUAGAUAUCUUAUACCAGAAAAUGGCACGGGCUCAGUCCUUGAGUUCUACGACGGUACCGCGCUCUUUGCGCGGGCUGAACCCAACGCAGAAGCGGAAGGCAGAGUGUCGCAUCCCCCGUUCCUCGAAUACCGAUUGGAACUCCUUCGAUGAUACAAAUUCGCAGCCGUCGAUCCUAGACAGGACUACCUCCAGUGUGGCACAGCAAACUCGGACAGACACGGGUUUCGACGAGGACUCUCUUGAUGAACAUCGGAUGGUAGCUCAGGCGCAAUCCAUAUUAUCCGACAUCCUUGUGACCCCUAGUUCUUCGCAACAAGAUUUUGAGGGCUUGCUGACAUACGGUUUACCUUAUGUACCUGCUGAGUUCACCGUACCUCACCGACUGAAUACGAGCACAGAGCUCACUACUCCCUUAAUUGACCAGUUUCCAAUGGAUAUGGUAUUAAACAAUCUUUUAUUCGACAAUGGUGAUCAACCAUUCCUUGACACAUACUGGCCCAGCGACAACACUCCAGAAAUUAGUGGGCUCCCUCAACAGUCUUGA